GAAAGAUGGAUGCAGAGCAUUGAACCACCCUCGGUGGAGUGGCCCAAAAAUAACCCAAGAACUGAAGAAUAAGGUUUCACUGGGAAGGAUCCGGUAGGGGGCUCCUGGGGCUGGAAGUGAGACCUAAAUAGUAACUGAGUUGGCUACUGAGGCACAUCCGCCUCUUCGUCUGAGGAUGCUGACCAGCGGGUUCUCCUCGUACUGAGGGCUGGAGGAAACGUAGUUCCACAGAAGUAGGAGGGGUUUGACUAAGCGAGGAUACCUACGAGAUAAAAGAAGAGAAGACGGAAGGCAAUCUCACAGAGGAAGGCGCUAGCAGUGGGGCAACCUGGGAGGGCUGGGCGCCUGCUCGGAGCCUUAGAUAGCUAACACUGGAAGGGACUUUCAUUUUCAAAGAGAAAGCAACUGAGAGCCAAGUUCCUGUCAGCUUCCUUUCUCUCUCCUUCCUGAUUCCAAAAAGCUCCUUCAGCUCUCUCCACCUCCUCCUCCUCUUCUCCUAAGUCCUCUCUCCCCACCCUUUGCAACGGCAAAGGUGAGCCUAUUCCAGACCCGCCCCCAGCUCCUCCCCGUCUCGCUGCCCUGUUCCCAAGGCAACGUCAGGACGCUUAUCCUGAGAACUGGAGUACAGUGACUACCUCUGAACCAGAAUGCAGGAAGAACCUGAAUCCGCAGAAUCUCCAAAGAUCCUUCUGCUUUCCGACUUCCUUUCGGAUGACCAAAUCACCGAUUUGCUUAAUGAAAACAUACAUGGGGUUCAAAAAAAAAUGGAAGGAUUCUUGAAUUUCCAGAAACUUCCUACUUCCCUAAAGGAGGCCAUUCUGCUUGAUUAUUUCACAUCCGGAUUCUGGUGGGCCAAAGACAAGAACUUCACCGUUCUCCAGCUGUCCAAAUUUAUGGCUUUGCUAGACAAGUUGCUGCAGAACCUCAACACCCUACACAUGUCCCUGGAAGACAGCAUCAAGUUUCUGGGGGAAGUCAUGGCCGAAAUUGGACCAACUACCAUGGACAGUCCUGACAUGAAUGUUUUUAAUGUGCAACAAGCCAAUGAGAUCAUCGAUUAUCUGAAAAUGAGCUUAUUUCAACACUAUAAGCUGUAUGAAUUUCUCUUCUUCUCUCCCAGGGAUGAAAUUGUGAUAGGAACGGAGGAUCAGUCUGGCAGUGAGCGGCAGGCAGAGGGCCAGGAAGACGUAUAUUUGGUGCCUAGCAGCUCUGACUUCCUCAGGAGACCUAACCCCAAAGGUUGUGAUUCAGCCCUGGGCUCCAGUCACCCAGAAUCUGGAUAUAGGCAGGGUAUCCAAGUCAAAGCUGCAAAAUGGAGGAAUAAGUCAAGGAGGCAGACUUAGCUUGAUCCAGCUCAAUCAUUUGUGACCUCUUCAAAUCUCAAGAUUCCUCUUGAGGGAAUGAAUCACUGGUUUCCACCAUCCAUUUCAACUCCCAAAUCUAGAAAUUCUAAACUUACUAAGACUCAGAAUCAAGACAAGGUCUUCCAUGACAAGGAAUAAAGGAAUUGAUGGUCAAGUUAACUCAAUAGGGGUAACCUGCCCUCUGGAUCUGAGAGUCUUUAUUCCAUCCUUUUCUCUAUCCCCAUCAAAGAUUGGAUCGAUCCCUAAGUCUAGGGUGGGAGUCAUGGGGACUUUGGGCAUAUAAUGUUGGAGAUGCACUUGGAAGGACUUAGGUUCAAAUCCCACCUGUUACACCAUUGAUUCUGAGCAAGGAUCAAUCACCCAAACUCUUAAAGUUUCAAUUUCAUACACUGUAAACAAGACAUAUGAUGCAAGUAGAAUCCCCAGUUGUACUUGGCCCUAGAAGGAAUUGUCAAAUGAUGAUGGAGAUGUGUCUUCUAGAUUUAUCUUGAGGUGCCCAAGGCAGCCAUUGUCCAGUGGAUAGGGUGCCAAAGAGAAGGUCAAAAGACUGCAUUCAAAUCCUACUUAGGACCCUGAAGAAGUCACUCAGCCACAAUAUGUCUUAAGUUUUCUUAUCUCUGUAGGAAGUAUGCUGCCAAUGUCAUGUGUAUGUCUACCUACCUGGCUUGGUCUAAAUGGGGCUCAUGGAGAAGCUUUCAUAGAUAAUACCUCCCAAGAGAAUUUUGAUUCUUUCCUGGAGGGGAGCAGAAGGGGCCCCAAGACAGAACACACUAUUCUCCUCUGGAAUGGGGUACCUGACUAGAAUUGUACCACUGGCUCGCUUAAAUAUUGCUAGUCUAUAGGAGUGCAUUUUCCCCCUUAGGUUCAAGCUGCACCUUUAAUCUCUUUCCCUUAAAGAAGAAUGAAUACUCCAAGUUUAUAUUUGAAGACUUGAAACCUCACCAAAUGCCAUUUAUAUAUGAGACUAUCACAAAUAGUUAUUAGCAAUAACCUCAUUUAUCCAAGCAAUAGCAAAGAGAAAACAGAGAAGUCACCCAAAUUAAAAGAUUCCAGCAUCCUUUAGCUGGAAACAAACUGAGACCUCAUUCAACCAACAGAGAGAAAGACUCUCCAGGCUCCCCCUAAAUCUAAGGAGACGAGCUAUAUGUCCGAGAGGGACGGAGGACCCAGCUCUCCCUUACAUGUCGCUGCUUCCAAAGUCUUUUCUCUCUCCCUGGAUUUGAUCGCAAGGAGAGGCUGGAAUCAUGCAUGGCCUCUCUUAUAGUAGGAAGGGAAAAAUAUCUGUCCAAACUCUGGAACCACUUCUGUCCCUCAAACAGGAGCCUAGAGUGACAGCAUUAUUCUCUCCAUCAAUGAGGAGGAUCUGAUGGUCAAAUGACUACAGUGAUCCUCACACUACCGAUUUCACAGUGUCUUUGUGAAGAAUGACUUUUACAAACCUUAAGCUUACCUAGAACUGAAAUUGCUAUUAAGAGUGAAUUCUAGUCAUUUGGAUUUAGGCAUCUUGGUGGCUCAUUGGCCUUGGAAUUAGGAAGAUCUGAGUUCUAAUCUUAGUUCUGAUACUUUCUAGCAAGCUGUGUGACUGAGAAAAUCAUUUAACCUCUUUCUGCCUCCUUUUCCUCAUCUGUAAUCUAGAUAAAUAAUUCCCUCUCACAGGGUUGUUGUGAGAAACAAAACAGAUAACUUAUAAAUUCUUUUGGAAUUCAAUCAAUAAAUACAACUCAUUUAACAUGUAUUAAGAACCUACUAUGUGCCUGCACUGUGCUAAGCACUGGGCAUACAGGAAGAAGCAAAAAACAGUCCCUGUCCUCAAGGAGCUUACAGUCUAAAUGCUAGCUAUUAUUAUUGUCGUCAUCAUCUAUAUUAACCUGUAACUAUCAGGAGGUAGACACUGAUACUAUAGUUAAGAGUAAUUAAUUGGAAGUCAAAGACCCUGGGCACCAUUUGCUACCUAUGGGACCUUGAGCAAAUCUCUUCACCUCUGUGGGCCCUUGUUUCCUCAUCUUUAAAUAAAGAAGUUACACUAAAUCACCUUUGAGGCACUACCCAGUUCUAAAUUAUAAUCCUCUGAAUGUCAGAUCAUUUAGUAAAGAGAAAAAUCCAUUUUAAUGCUCAUGAACAAUUUUAGCGCCAGAAGGGACCCUUGAAACCAUAAAGUCAUAACUCUUUAUUUGACAAAUGAGGAAACUAAGGCACAACCAGGGCUAAAAGUCAUCUCUCUUGAUUUGCAGUCCAAAGCUCUUUCCAUAAUUAUUUUAAUUCUUUCCAAAACAUUGUGUUUAUUAUUUAGAUGUUUCUUCUAGUGUGCUUCCUUGCAUUUUUUACUUUUAAAAACAAAAGGAAUUUUGGGCCAAAGGAAAUUAGAAUCCCCUCAUGAUUCACACCAAUUUGAGCCAACCAAUAUUCCUUAUGCUCUUAUGACACAAAAGACUCAAACUGUUCCUGCCCUCCAAGUGCUUACUUCCCUCUUACACCAUAAUAUAACAGAGGAACAUAUGUGAAAGGGUCUUCAAGCAUUGUAUAGUCCAACUAACAUUCAUUUUUCAGAUGAGGAAGCUCAGAGCUCAGAGAAGUCAAGAAGCUGCCCCAGAUCACAAAGGCAACAAACCUCAGAGCCGCCACUGGAACCAGUCCCUUGACAUGAUCCAGAGCUCUUUCCACAAUGCCCUGUUGCCACAGGAAUAAUGAUAAGUAAACAUAAAUUAUGUAGAAGGUGUUACAGACUAAUUUCAAGAAUGAGAGAGCCCUGACCACUUGGAGGCUCCAAAAAAGCUUCAUAGAUAGAAGAGAUAGCAUCUCAACUGGUCUUUGACCGAAGCUGGGGAUUCUGGGAAGCAGAGAACAAAGGAAUGUAAAAGCAUGGAAUUAGGAAGUGAAAUAUUAUACAAGGGCAGAGUAACUGGUAGGUGAGUUUGAUUGCUUAGGAGAAAAGGUGACUAGAAAUCGGGUUAAAUAAAACUGGAACUGUAGAGCUGUUUGGCAUGGUCCUAGGAUGAUGGUAGAUUUGGGACAACCUGGAAUUCUUUUGUAUGGAAGCUUUAAAAUUGGGUUGGCAGCAUAGAUGACCACAAACUUGGAAUAUUUAUUAGUCUCUCUCUAAGUAUCUUUGUAGCCCAUCUCAAGCAAGGGAACCUCAUUGUGUUCACAAUAAGUUCGAAGUUCAAAAACUUGCCUUCAGCCAGCUGGGCUCCAUCUUGGCAAAUGGAGGCCCCUGUGAGCUUGGGAGGUCCCUGAAAGCAAUGACACGUACAGUGCGUGGGACGAGAAGGUGCUUGGCACUGUCCCUUGGGAGGAAGGGCUUGGCUACUUCCUGUGGGAGCUGUUGGAAGGAGCGCAGAUGAGGGAACUGGCGACAGUUGAUGAAGGAGCCCCAGAAUGCUGCCCUGUCCACCCAGUAAAGAAAGACUCAGAGUUGGACACCGGCUGCAGAAGCAGUUAGAGGAUAUUAAAAACGCACAGCGCUGAGGGAAAAUAUUUAUAGGCGUGACAGCAAGUUUCCUUGUAAUAAUUUAUGGGCUAACUGCAGAAAAAGGAAACACACAAAUGAUGAAUAAAAUAGCCAAUAUGUAAACAUCAUGGCUUCUACAAACUCACUCUCCCGUUAAAAAUUAGGAUUGAGGUUUAGUAAAGUAAAUGGCUGCAUUUCAGUGGUCGAUGAUGUCCUUGAUGCUAAGGGUUACUGACUGAUUUAUCAUUUCCUGGAUUUUUUUUCAAGAAUCUAUAUUUGUCAGCACAAUUUUUAUGUCUCAUUCCUUAAAAUAGGCACCAGGGGUCCAAAAGAACAGGCCACAUAAUAUUGCCUUGACUUCUCUGAAGAUCUGCUAGCCCAUGAAAAAUGCUUGGGCUCAUCACUAAAAGGGUUUUUAUUUGUAAACAGAACCAGUCUCCAAGUAGCCAGAGCCAGGAUACUUUUCCUUCCCCCUUUUCUCUUUCCUUCCUUGCAGGUUAACCCCUCUCUGCCGUGUAAACAGUGCAAGAAAUGCACUCCAGAUGUCAUACUUUGAAGUCAGGCUAAUGACAUGUGUGGUUCACUGCUUUCCCGUAUUACAUCCUGCAAAAUUGAGUCACUAAAAGGAUUAGCAAGUCAGAAGAAGAACAGAGAAGGAAACCCAAGACUUUCCGAUCCCAACUUUUUGUGCUGAGUGACCGUGAUUUCUCAUGCUUCUUUCUCAAGACCUUGGAGACUCUUUUUCAAAGCUUAAAACUGUCCCCUGAGCAAGUCGUUUCAUUUCUUAUACUGGUAAUAGGCUAUGAUUAAGAAAUAAGAAGGAAAGCAUUACUAGAAGUUAGUUCUCUUGAAGGUCUGCAAACUCAACAUGACCCAACAAUGCAAUAUGGCAGCCACAAAAACUAUGGUGAGUGCAAGAGUUGGGUUCAUAUAUUGGAAGGGCUGUCACCUUCCCAAAGGCGAAUGAAGUUUAAUCUGUUUGUCCUCAGAAGGGAGAACUAGGAACAGCGAAUGGAAUUUUCAGUGAGACUGAUUUGAGCUUGAUAUGAAGGGAAAAGGUCAUAGCCAUUAGAGUUAUCCAAAAGUGGAAUGGGCUGCCUUGGAAGAGAUUCUACCCAUGGUAGGGGAGGGGGUCCACGAGCCAGGGUUAUAUGAGCAUUUGUAAUGUGGAUUCUUUUUCAGGUGUGGGUUGGAUGAGAUCGCCAUUGCGCUCCCUUCCAACUCUGAGAUUCUGUGAAAAAAGACAAAUUAAACAUUUGAAAAGUUUUACUUGACAAACAUCCAGGGGGAAUGAAGCAAUCUGAUGAUGUCUGAAAUCAGAAAUGCCACGAGCAAAUCUUUGUCCAACUCAACUAAUAUAAUGUACCAAUAAUUGAUUUCCUAGUCCUUAAAAAGAAACCCCAUGGAGCAUUUACUCAGGGUUCAAAUUUUCAUAAGUGCUCACUUAAAUAGACUUGGGUUCUAUUUCAUGCCGAGAGUUCUGUACUUAAAGUUCUUUGAAAUGCCUUUAAUUUCAUACUCUGGUCCACCAUUGGAAGUAUAAACCUACUGACUCGAUGGAAUAGUCUUUCCAAAGCAACCAGGAUUUUCUAAGUGGUUCUCAUUGUGCUCUUUACCUCAUAACAACAACUAUGUUUUCUGCUUCUAGAUUUAACUCGAUCCAACAGUUAUUCAUUAAGCACCUACUAUGUGCCCAAUACCAUGGGCAAACAUAGGAUAGGGAUAAGAACUGUGCUUUCAUUCCUACUGCAUAUGGAACUCCUGAAUGAAGAAAUUCCUUCCACCAUUCAAUGCUAGUUGGUAUUUUCUCUGUGAUUUAGUUUCCUGGAUGUGGUGGUUAUUAAGCCACCAUUAAGUCAGUUGUGUCUGACUCUUCAUGACCCUGUUUCAGGUUUUCUUGGCAAAGAUCCAGGAAUGGUUUGCCAUUUCCUUCCUCCACUCCAAUCAUUCAUGAUGAUGAAACUGAGGCAAACAGAGUUAAGUGACUUGCCCAGGGUCACACAGCCACUAUGUGUCCAAGCGAGAUUUGCACCCAUGCAGAUGAGUCUUCCCGAUUCCGACACUAUGGAGCUCCUUAGCUGCCCCAUGAUUCUCCACAAUUUAUCAUCAGAGUGGCCUAGAAACUGAGAUGCCAAAUGACUUGCCACAGCUUGCAGAUGUCAUUAUCAGGACUUGAACUCAGGCCUUCCAAACUCUAAAGCCAGCUCCCUGAUCCACCAUAUCACAUUGUCUGUCUAGAACAAAAAAAGACAAAAAUGAAACCAUCUCUGUCAUCAAAGCUCUUACAUUCAACCACAGAAACUCAUAUUAAAGGCAAUACUUCUGAGCCUCAGUUUUCUUAACUGUUUUUGUUUGUUUGUUUUAAUAUUAACCAUUUAGUUUCUAAACUAAAUGGUUAAUUUAGUUUUAGAAUUUAGAACUAAAACCUGAACUUUCCCUAGAGCCAUAUAAUUAGAGUGGGAAAGCAGGGGCUUCGCUCCAAGGCAAGAAAUUCGGUGGGCUCUAGUAGUAAGAGGAAUGAUGCCACUUAUCAUCCAGUUAGCAUGAAUAAUUAGUUAGCAAAAGGAAGCUACCCUGAAAGGACAAAGCAGGCUCCUGCCCCAGUCUCUGGACUGUUCCCUUAGAGGCUACCCCCCAAGAGAGCCUCACGUUGUCCUGGGGGGUGGCCUGUCCACUCCACGUGGCUAUCAGCUGAGAUCCUGCUUCCUGCAGGUCACUCUGCAUAGGGAUUGCUCCGUGUGGCUCUCAUGUUCUGCCUCACAGGCUCCCGUUACAGCCUCCAGAUGCCUGACCCUCGGAGAAUCAAUAUUAUCAAUAAGGAAGCAGUGACUGAGUCCAGGACAUUGACGAGCAGCUAGACAUACACAGAUCGAUGCAGACCUAGUCCUGCCCUCGAGGAUCUUACCUUUUAACACGAGAGACAGCACGAGCGCACAGAGGGACGUUCAGAAUACGUACAAAAUCUGCGAGUUCAUCUUCUGGUUCCAGGCGGAUAAGAAGCGUAAGAAAGUGACAUCUGGUACGAACUGAGGCAAAGCGGAGUCGGCAGAACCAGCGGAGCAUGGCGCCCAAUGACUACAGUAAGUCAAAUAGCACCCAACCUGGCAGGUCGUGGCACCCAGAUGAAAGGCAACAAGGACCAGUUUGGGAACCAGAGCCCAGACAUGAAAUACACUAGAGGGCUAGAGAUUUGGAGUGGCCACAGAAUUGGUGCUGAUCAUCCACCCCAUUCCCUGGAUCCCAUCAGAACCAACGGGAGGCUCAAGUAUUGGUCCAGCAGAGAAAACAAUCAUGGAUCAUCUCAUAUCCCAUGUCAAGGAAGAAAUGAACUGGUGGAGACUUUGUCUUCUUGCAUAUUUGAAUCCAUAUCAUCUCCCACACUUUUCUCUGUAUAAAUUAUCUCUUCAUGUCUAUAGAAAUAAAUAUAUGUAAUAUGUAAUGAAUAUUUUAUGUGAUAAAUAUGUAUAUCUACUAUGCAUGUGGCAUAUUAUGACUAUAAUAA